AUGGUCGCAAGAAAGAAAGAACAACUUUUACAACCAGAUGAAGUUGUUGAAAUGUACGAUAAGGAUGAUCUUAUUGCCAUGCUCUACGUUGAUGUUGCUGCCAUUGCCAGAAAGAGAGGACUAAAGGCCAGUGGCAAGAAGGUGGAGAUUGCUGAUCGUAUAAUUGAACAACAAAAUGAUCCAACAUCAAUCCUUACUGUUGACCUUAAAAGGGACUUUUCACUCAAUGAAACAACUUCCAACAACAAAUCUUUGGAACCAAAGAAGACACCAAAAGUUGUUGCUCCUCCUGUCAAGGAUGUGGAAGUUGCCAAUGUAGUGUCCGAGGAAGAGGACGAUGACGACGACUCUUCAGACUAUGAAGAUUUUUCAAGAGAAAUGGAAGAGGAGGAGUCCGUGGAAGAGUCCGAAGAAGAGGAUGAUGAUGAGGAUUAUGUGACAGAGUCCGAGGAGGAAGAGGAGAAGCCAAAGCCAAAGCCCAAGCCUGUUCCAAAGCCUGUCACCAAGAAACCAACUGUAUCAAUAGGUGCUGGUGCCAAGGAUGAGGAGAGGCCAAGGCCAAAGCCAAAUGCUAAGCCUGUGCCAAAGAAGACAAUUGUAUCAAUAGGUGGUGCCAAGGGCGGUGCUGCCAAGGGUGGCAAUGGAAAGGGAGGAUAUGCACAUAGACUGGAGGACUAUGACUAUGAAGGCUGGUUCGAAAUGAUGGAGGGCACAGAUGGAUAUCACGACCUAUGUGAUAUGAAGAUUCAAUGGAUGGAGCCCAAAUGGGCAUUUCUCCGCUAUGCCAAGGCCAAUGGAUGGGAGGAAAUGGACGAGUUCAAGAUUAGUAACCAGGAUUCAGAC